AGAGAGGAGGAGGUGGGGGGGAGGACCUUUCCUUUCCGCAGCCUUUAUCUGGAGGAAUGCUCCACAGCCUUCAACUUUAACUUCACUCCAUAUGAUUCCGCGGAGAUAAAACACAGGACUUAUAAAACACAACACUGCACUUUUCCGACUUGGACUUCUGCAUGGAAACAAAUGAUAUUUGAACCCGGCGAGAAGGAGCUGAGGUACUGUCGAGGAGGGUGUUGGGUGUGGAAGGCUGUGUGUCUGCUGUUUUUGAUGUUUUGUGCAUGGACCGCGGAGACAACCUUGUUUAAUUUGGAGUAAAGUAGAAAAAGUAGUUGAACUGUCGCCGCUGCUGCUUUCUAAACCGAGAAACGUCUUGAACAUUUCAUCCUGCCAGAAAAGUUUGAGGAAACUUUCCAAGGAAAAAAAAGACGCACGAUCUGGGACUAAGACAUAUUGGAAUAAUGGCGUUAAGGGCCAAAGUAUUGUAUGAUUUUCACUCUGAAAACCGAGGGGAAAUCUCUAUAUUGGAGAAUGAGGUGGUGACUCUGUUCAGUGAGGAGGAGCUGGAGGGUUGGUUGGAGGGGGAAAACAGCAAGGGGGAGGCUGGCCUCUUCCCUGCCUCUUAUGUGGAAAUUAUCAAGGAAACCAUCACCUCCAGCCCAAAUAACAAUGGUUUCUCCUCACCCAAGACCAAAGCCCAGUCCUCCACCAACACCUCUCACAGCUCUCCUGACGCCCAUGCUCAGAGAGGACCUGCAGUCCGUUACAUUGGAGGAAGCAGCUUCCACACCAGUCAGGGCAGCGAUGACGACUGGGACGACGACUGGGAUGACAGCUCUCCUGCGGCAAAUGCGUCUCAGGGUGGUUUUGGCACCUCCCCUCCAUUGUACCCAGUCACAACGUCCCUUCCAUCACGGGGAAACCCCCAGCAGCAUCAGCAGCAGACCAAGAGCUCGGCCACGGUGGGGAGGAACCUCAACAGGUUCUCCACCUUCGUCAAGUCUGGAGGAGAGGCCUUCCUUCUUGGGGAGGCCGCGGCUUUCGUAAAGGAUGGGGACAAGAUCUGUGUCGUGAUGGGGAAGUAUGGACCUGAGUGGCAGGAGGACCCCUAUCCAUUCACGUGCACCAUUGACGACCCCACCAAGCAGACCAAGUUCAAAGGCAUGAAGAGUUACAUGUCCUAUGGCCUAACCCCAACGCACACCAAUAUACAAGUCAACCGCAGGUAUAAACAUUUUGACUGGCUCUACGCUCGGCUCGUGGAGCGUUUCCCCGUCAUCUCAGUGCCCCGCCUGCCAGAGAAGCAGGCCACCGGCCGCUUCGAGGAGGACUUCAUCUCCAAGAGGAGGAAGGGUCUGAUUUGGUGGAUGAACCACAUGACCAGCCACCCUGUGUUGGCCCACUGUGACGUUUUCCAGCAUUUCCUAACAUGCGGGGCAGAUGAGAAGGCCUGGAAAAUGGGCAAAAGGAAGGCUGAGAGGGACGACCUGGUCGGGGCCAAUUUCUUCCUCACAAUCAGCCCCCCUGCUGUUCCUCUGGACCUUCAGGAAGUCGAAAACAAAAUAGAAGGCUUCAAGACCUUCACCAAGAAAAUGGAUGAGAACAUUGUGGUCGUGAACACAACCAUCAACGAGUUUGCCCGCAAACAGAUGACAGGGUUCAAGAAGGAGUACCAGAAGGUCGGGCAGUCCAUCAAACUUCUGGCACAGGCGUUUGAGCUGGACCAACAGGCCUUCUCGGUGGGCCUGAACAAAGCCAUGGCCUACACCGGCGAUGCGUACGAGGCAAUAGGAGAGUACUAUGCAGAGCAGCCACGGCAGGACCUCGAUCCCAUCUCUGACCUGCUGGACCUCUACAGAGGACACCUGGACAACUUUCCUGACAUCGUCCAUGUGCAGAAAGGUGCGCUGACAAAGGUGAAGGAUUGUCCAAAGCAGGAAAGUGAGCUCAACAACCGGUGCAACAUCAUAUCUUGCGCCACGUUGGCAGAAAUCCACCACUUCCACCGCACACGUGUUCGAGACUUCCGCUCGCAGAUGCAGCACCACCUCCGGCAGCAGAUCAGCUUCUUCCAGAAGAUAACUGCCAAGCUAGAAGAUGCACUGCAUAGAUAUGAUGACAUGGGAGAGGUUUGACUUAAAAGAAGCCUGCGUAGGGAAUCACACAGGGUUGAUUGAGAGGAACACUCUCAGGUACUGAGUGCCUUAUUAUUCCUUAAAAGAAAAAAAAACUCAAAAAAAAGAAAAAUUCGACAUGACAACUUGCUGGAUUACGUGAGCAGCUCUGAUGAAUGUAUCCUUUACUGAUACCUUGCUGAGACUCCACACACUGCAGCUCAGCUCAGACUGGCAGACGUCUGAACGGUGGCGUCCCUGCAUCCACUGCUUCCUAGUCCCCCGUCAGGGAAAUAUGUUUAACCCAACAGAAAACAAGGACACAAAACUCCCUAAAUUGCUUGAAUGAUUUGGUGAUUAAAGGACAAGGCUACAUGAAUUUUUAUAAUCUUUGUAGUCUCACCACAUCUUUAUUUUUACUUGAAUGACCUCCACAGUGUUGCCGGAUUCUACAGUAUGCAGAUCUUUAGGGAAGGCGAAGAGGCAAACGCUGCUCCAGUCAGUAUGGUCACCAGAAUGGACUUUAUUGCAACUUAAAAUUUGACCUUCUGUACUUCUGAUGUGUAACAGCUCUCACAACUCUGAUACUUUACUCCUUCACUAAGUUAUAAUCUGAUGUUGCAUUGUUUUAGCAUAUUUAGACUCAGCUCUGCAGUUCUGUCUUUUUCCAGGUGUUAUUGUAGUACUUAAUGGUGACAUCUGCCUCCGCUUACUCUGAGUGAGGUCAGCGGUCGGGGUCAGGGGUCAGACACUCGGUGCUUAGUGAUGGAUGUUUUCUGGCUUGAAAGAGACGUAACCAAGAUGUUGGGAACUCUUUGUGUGAUUGAAGCAUAUUUGGAAUUCUUUUAAGGGCGAAGGUUUUUGUUUUUGUUUUUUUUUGUUUAAAAAACAUAUAUAUAUAUGUGCGUUGAAAGGUGGUGUCAGUCCAUUCACCUCAGCGUCUCCGCUAGUUAUUUUCCAUUGUGUCAUUUCUAAUUUCUUUCUGGGAUCAAAUAUGUUUAAAUUCUACAAAGCAACAUAGUGGUGUUUGCUCUGCUUGGUAUGGCAGCCUGCGACCAAAAUAAAAUCAUAGAACUAUGUUUCCUGGUCAGUAUUUUCUUGCUAAACAGGGAAAAACCGUUCAACUUUUCUUUUAACAAAUCAAAUAAGUGAAUCCUUCUCUUUUUUUAUAUAUAUAUUAAAGUCAUUUGAUAGUACUGAGUGGUAAGUAGAUGCAAACACAAACUGAGAUUAACAACAUAAAAUUCUCCACCAUAUUUUGACAGUAAUUAAGCCAAAAAGGUUAAUAACAGUGAAAAUAUCUUGACAGUUCUAAGAACCUGUUUCUAUAGGAUUGAUGAGGGUAUUUUGCAGAAUGGUGCUGCUAAUCAUCAGCCCUUGAUACAUUAAUGUAAGAAGGUGUUCAGAUCUAUAAAAAAAAACAACAUUUGGACGGUUUUUGACAGAAGUGUGUUAACACAGUACGGAAGGAAGGAAAGACACGAGCAGUGAUCUGGAAAAUAAUAAAUAUAUUUCACAACAAAUGGAGUUGAAUGUUGUACAAUCACAUUAUUCACGACAAACAUUCAAGAUAGUCACCAGUCUUCUCAGGAGCGGCUUUCCCAUCAAAUAAACCCCAAGGUCAGACCAGAAAAGAAAAAAAAAGACAGAUCUACAUCUGAGCCCCUACAAGCUUCACUAAAUAUGUUAAUUGUUAAACUCCACAAGUGAACAAUUGUGGUUUGUUUGGAAUUGUAGUCUCUUCCACCAAGGAAGACGAUUGAAGUUCACAAAACGGAAUCUGAACAAACCAUCCCAGAAGAAUGUCCUAUAGAUCGAUGAGACCAAAUUGAUGUUUUUUAAUACCUGAUUCUCAUGUAUAGCAAAUAACAAACAGCAUUCAGUAGAUACGUACCAGUGUCAAGCAUGGUAGUGCAAUGGUGAUGAUUUUCUUUUCUUUUUCUAUGCAGCUACAGGACCUGGUCACCUUGCAGUUUUCCCCAUGACUCUAUAAUCUGUACUUAUUUAAUAUUAGUCUGAGUCACAGACAGACACCUCGGAUUUAAAGAGCCAGUUGUAGAUUGUAUUAUAAUACACACAUUUUAAGGGCAUAUGUAUUUGAAAAAUUAAAUAUUUGUAAAGUUACUCAUCCAUGUGCAGUGUUUGAGGCCAGUGGUCAUGGUAUCAUGUAUUUGUAUCGAUCUGGGGACUUUACUAUAUUCAUUUUUUUUCUUAAAGUGGAAAACUUGAGGAAUAUAUCUUUAAUAUAUCUGUGUCUUCUGCUGUUAAUUAUUGUUAUUUGUUUUGUAUUUGAGACCAUCUCAGUAUUUGUUUGUUCCCAGUGUAAAAAGAGAUUUUCAGAUAUUAUAGCUCAAAAACAAAAACAAAAAGAUCUUCUACCCA